GUUCAAACGUCCCCUAACGUCUGAACCGUUGACAGCAGCAGCUCGCUAACGGCUAACCUUAGGCUGGUGUAAAAAUGAACGACCUAUAUUCAUUUAAUACUAUUGACAGCCUCCUCUUUCAGUUUGCUUUUCAAACUCGGGAGCUUUUCCAAAAGAAGAAUGAAAUCAACCAACAAAUUAAAGUUUGCAGAGCUGAUACUGCUGAGAGGAGGUCUUACAUUCAAACAACCAACAGAGAAAUCAAGAAACUUGAGGAAGAAAUCAGGGUGAAGCAGAGCACUGUGAUACAUAAUAAAACAAAUGCUAAAAGCAUGAAGGCAACUAACAGCCUGCUUCUUCAGUAUGAGCAGUCACUGAAAGCAGAACUGGAGAACAGAAAAGACAGCUACAACCAUGACAUGAAAGUCUACGAAGAGAGAAUUGCAAGUUACAGGAAGUUAUUCCAGUCACAUAAAGAAUAUUAUUGCCAAAAUCCACUUGCUAAAAAGCUCCUCACGCUGCAGGCUGAAAAGGGGGAGAUUGAGUGUAGGAUCAUGGCUUGCGAAGAUCAAAUAACAAUGAAACAGAAGCUGGACCAUCUCAGUGGUCCAGCUGUCGGUUCUUCUUCCACUGACAAGUUACUAGACAGUGUUUCUGGCCAGCAGUCCAUAGCAGAACUAGAACAACUGUUAGAUCAGACAGAGGAUGAAAAUAGUUCUUCCAUUGACAUCUCUUCUCUUCAUCUCAACCAGACAAAGAAGGGUCAUAAAACAUCUGAAGAGGCAAAUGAUGAUUGUGAGGAAAACGAUGUCCAGUAUACUGCUGUCUGCAGCCCUUCCCUAGGAGAAGGAAGCAAUGAGCUGUGGUUAAGUCAUCCGUUGGAUGAGCAAAUACAGCCAGAUAAGAUGCACACUGAGGAGCAGGAAACUGGACAAGAGGACCAAGUCUUGAACACCCCUGUAUCAGCUGUGGAGGACAAUGUGUGGGGAAAAGUACCUAUAGAUGAAGAGCAGGCGCCGAGCGAAGAUGACAGUGAGGAUCUCACUGCUUUCCCUCAAUCAUCCAAAGAAACGCAUCCUCAGUCCUCCCUGGCAGAAAUGACAGCUGUGUCUUCAACCCCAACAUUCCCAUUUAACUUUAGCCCUGCCAACUCACCAUAUCCAGGCUCCUCUGAUACCAAAUCUCCAGCUUUCCUGUUCUCUAUGAACUCUGAUCCGAGCACCCCGGGCUUCCACGGGUUUGGAUUUGACGUGGGCACAUCCCAGGAUGAGGAGUCAUCUUUCGCUUUUAAUCGCUCUUUUUUCAACGAGAAGAAAACCACAGAAUCAAAGUCUGCAACCUCAGGUCCUGACUUCCUGUUUGGCCAACCAGAGCAAAGUGAAGACUUCCAGUUUGGCUUUACUUCAAAGAGCCCUCAGAAAACGGACAAAGAAACCACCAGGGAUGAGUUUUCAUUUUCUUUCAACUUUUGAGAACUAGAAGAAAAACAUCUGAAAUGCUGAAUUGUGUUUAUUACUUAUUUUCUUCUGUAGUGUUCUUAUAAAGUGGGUAAUGACAAAUGCCUUAGGUAAGAGUUCAUGGUUUAACACCAUUAUAAAACUUCAGCAGCUAUAUAUGUAAGUGAAAUUUGCCAUGUAGGGUUUUUUUGUUCUGUUAAAUGGUAUGUAUUUGAAUCAGAAUCUUAUUUCAAUAGCUAUUCACACUACGAAUAACAUUUCUGACAGUAUCACUGUUGAAUGACAUUGAUGCUAAUGCUAUAUCUUCAAUAAAAUACACAACAUAUGUUCAUAUUCCUUUACAGAUUUCUCUGCUUGUUGUAAAGUUUAUUACUGUGUAAUAAAUUGCAUAUUGAUAUUUUGUGAA